UCGAACGGACCACGGCCACAGAAGGACAUCAAAAUGAAGCUGAUUCUCAUUGUCGCUGCCUUCCUGGCUGUUACAUUCGCCGAUAAUGUCGAAUCCGAUAAAGAAAUCGAAGAUUCAGAAGCAGCGGAAUCUGUUGGUCUACUAAGCAAAAGCUUAGACCUCAACACGGCUGCUAGUGCAUACAACUCGUACGCACCUUCGAACCAGAGCCCGCCUAUCCAGUGGAAACCUCAAAAUACGUGGAACGCUCCACCCAAGCCGAUCCAGCCGAUAAACACUUAUCCCCAAAACAAUUACGCCCCCCCUCAAAACUCAUACUAUCCUCAGAAUACAUAUGCUCCUCCUCAAAACACGUAUCGUCCCACCUGGAGCACGCCUUCAUAUCAGACUUCGACUACAACAACUCCCGUCCCAGUGAUCAAGAAUGAAAUGUAUUAUGGUGAUAAUGGCAGUUACAAAUACGAGUACCAAAUCGCCGAUGGAACACACGUAGGCGAGGAAGGCUACUUCACGAAUCCCAACACAGAAGAGGCAAGCCUGGUGAAAAAGGGCUGGUACUCUUACACUGGAGCUGAUGGCAAAGUUUACACCGUCCACUACUGGGCCGACAAGACUGGCUACCAUGCUUACGGGGACCAUUUACCCACUCCUCCUCCCGUACCUGCUGCUAUUCAGGCGGCCCUUGAUCAAAAUGCCAAAGAGGAAGCCGCGCAGGCUGAAGCUGAAAAGAACAAGCCACAACACGUUUAUCAUCCCACACAGGCGCCUAUUUACUACCCGACCCAAGCACCUACAUACUAUCCCACCCAAGCCCCAUCUUACUACCCCACCCAAGCUCCAACUUACUAUCCCACUCAAGCUCCUUCUUACUACCCAACUCAGCCCCCUACCUACUACCCUACCCAAGCACCCAGUCACUAUCCAUCCCAGUCAUACCCCCAAGAACAAAACUAUCCAAGUUACGGUAAAAAGUAGAUAGUGUUUAAACGAUCGUAUGCAAAUUUUACGAGACACGAGACUAAAAAAUGUGAUUUUAACUAUGACUAUUUAAAUUUCUAAUCAUAAAUUUAUAAAUUUCAUUUUUCCUUAAAAACUAUGAGUUUAUGAUCUUCAGAAGAUUUAUCUAUGGUCUUCGAAAUCUAAUAUGGAACUAUAUUUUUGGGGAGGUAUCAGUUAUCCUGUUCACGAUUGUUCUUUGUGAACUCGAUAACUGUUUGAAAAACGAUAUUGUGAUAACGUUGUAUACUUGAAGCCAUCGAAUUGUGAUGUAUUCGUCAUAUUAAUACAAUAAACUU